GCCGCCCCCGGAGGAAGAGCCUUCUGCAGGAUCGCGCUGCUCUGGCAGGGGAGCCGCGGAUUUCCCGGGGAUCCGGUGUGAGCGGAAGCUGUGGCGCCGGCUGGCCUGUCCUGAGCGAAGGGGAGGCCUCGGCGGACAGCUUGGUAGGAGAGGCGGAGGAGCGGUGGCGGAUUGCAUUUCUACUUCCACUCCUGCGCCCGACCUGCUGCUUGCCUUCCCCUUCUCCUCGCUCUUGGCCUUGGUCUCUUCCCAUGGCCCUCGCCGGUGGAGCAACCCCCCGCCUGGGCGCUGGACCCAGCCUGGGAAGGGGCGUGUGGCUGUGAGGCGCUGCCUGGACGCAGAAACCCGGUCUGACCAGGGUUGGUGCCGCUGAAAACGGGAGGAUGCAAAACGUCACGUCUCACCCAUCUUCCGUGGGCGAACUACCGUAACAGGAAAGGACGGGACCUUGCCAAGGCUGGCUUGAGGCUGGAGGAAUUAAGGAGAGUGAUUUGGAGAAGAGCUGAGGCUUCGCUCGUGGUUCAAUUUCUAUGGCCAUGCAAGCUGCAGAUGCAAGAGUUCAAUUAUAUUAAAAUAGUUAUCUUCAGAAAUUUAUUUCUCAAUAGUUUGGUGAACAGGUAUUAUGAAAAUUGACAAUUUCAUACCAUUAAAGUUUUAAAGAGACGGAAAGCCUGGCAUUUUGAAUGAUGAAAAAACAGUGUAGCUUUCAAUCCAGAAGUACAGAAAUCCAGAUUUUUUCUUUUCAUUUAUUAAUUUAGUAGACCAUCUGGAAAGCACAAUGAGUGUCAAAGCCUUCAAGCUUGUUCCCGCAGUUAAAUGGGAGAUGCUGAUGGGUGACAGACCUCGAAUCCAUAUCAAAUGUGUGGAAUGCUGUGGACGGAAUCUCUACAUUGGAACAAAUGAGGGUUCUAUUUGCCAUUUUCUCUUGGAAGAGAAAAAUUCACCUUCUGAAAAAAAACCUUUUUCUAUUUCCAAGCAGUUGCAUAAGUACCUCAGUUGCCGGAAGGCAGUGGGAGAGUUGAAAGCAGCUUCUGCACUUAACAGACUUCUGGUGCUCUGUGACAAUACCAUCACUUUAAUGAACAUGAUCACCUUGGAACCCAUCCCCAGUGGGGCCAGAAUCAAAGGAGCCCUGAUGUUCACAUUGAAUGAGAACCCUGUGAAUGGGGAUCCAUUCUGUGUAGAAGUGUGUAUUGUUUCAGUAAAACGGAGGACCAUCCAAAUAUAUUUGGUCUAUGAGGACAAAGUUCAGAUUUUGAAGGAAUGUUGCACUCAAGAACAACCUUGUGCUGUAGCUGUGGAUGGCUAUUAUUUAUGCCUUGCUCUCACUAACCAAUAUAUUAUACUGAACUACAAUACUGGAGCGUCCCAGGAGCUCUUUCCUUACACUGGUGAACAGAGGCAACCAAUUGUAAAAAGAAUAGGCAGGGAAGAGUUCCUGUUGGCUGCACCUGGGGGAUUAGGUAUGUUUGCAACAGUGGAUGGCAUUUCCCAGCGGGCUCCUGUUCGCUGGUCAGAAAAGGUGAUUGGGGCUGCUCUCUAUUUUCCGUAUGUAAUUGCUCUAGAUGAAGAAUUCAUUACUGUGCACAGUAUGCUGGACCAGCAGCAGAAGCAAACCUUGCCCUUUAAGGAUGGGCAUAUCCUACAGGAUUUUGAAGGGAAAGUAAUUGUAGCUACUACCAAAGGGGUAUACUUCUUGGUCCCACUGCCUCUGGAAAGACAAAUUCAAGACCUUUUGGGCAGCCAAAGAGUUGAAGAAGCACUAGUGUUAGCAAAGGGAGCCGAAAGGAAUAUUCCAAAGGAGAAAUUUCAGACAAUGUACAAGCGAAUUUUGCAGCAAGCAGGGUUUAUCCAGUUUGCACAGCUCCAAUUCCUUGAAGCAAAAGAGCUCUUCAGAAGCAGCCAGCUUGAUGUCCGUGAGUUGAUUUGUCUCUACCCCUUACUGUUGCCUACUUCCUCUUCAUUCAUGCGGUCACACCCUCCUCUGCAUGAAUAUGCUGACUUAAACCAACUUACACAAGGGGACCAGGAGAAAAUGAUCAAGUGCAAGCAAUUUCUCAUGACCUAUCUGAGUGAGGUCCGCAGCACUGACGUCACAAAUGGCUACAAGGAGGAUAUUGAUACAGCCCUGUUGAAACUUUAUGCAGAGUCCAAUCAUGAAAGUCUUCUGGAUCUCCUGGUCUCUGAGAAUUCUUGCCUUCUGGCAGACAGUGCUGCAUGGUUGGAGAAGCACAAAAAAUUUUUUGCACUUGGGCUCCUGUAUCACUCAAAUGGUCAAGAUGCUGCAGCAUUACAGUUAUGGAUACAGAUAGUCAAUGGGGAGAUUCAGGAUUCUACACGCACAGACCUUUAUGACUAUAUUGUAGACUUCCUAACCUCCUGUUCUGACCAUGAAUUGGUGUGGAAGUACGCAGAAUGGAUCUUGGAACAUAACGAGGAGGUUGGUGUAUACAUUUUCACUAAAAGGCCCGUGGAAGACCAAGAGAAAAACAGCUUUAACCCAGAUGAUGUCAUCAAAUGCCUUAAAAAAUAUCCAGUGUCACUAGUAAAAUACUUGGAAUACUUAGUUCUAGAAAAAAGAAUAAAAAAGGAAAAGUUCCACACCCAUCUAGCAGUGCUUUACCUCAAUGAUGUGCUCCAUCUGAAGUCACUGGGUGCUGAGAGGCAGGAGAAGCUGACCAAAAUGCAGACAAAACUACGCAGUCUUCUGCAGAGAUCUGAACUUUACCGAGUUCAUUUCAUUUUAGAUAAAAUUGCCGGCACAGAUCUUCAUGCUGAGUGUGCAAUACUGUAUGGAAAGUUAGAAGAGCAUGAAAAAGCUCUACGUAUUCUGGUCCAUGAACUGAAGGACUUCUCAGCCGCUGAGGACUACUGCCUAUGGAAUUCCGAGAGCAAGGGUCUUCCCUACAGACAGAAGCUUUUUCAUAUGCUGCUCUCAACAUAUUUCAAUUCCAGCACACCCAACCAUGAACUGAAUAUGGCAGCCGUUGACCUUCUGAACAAUCAUGCAGCUGAAUUUGAUGCUGCAUGGGUUUUGCAGUUUAUUCCUGCCAGCUGGUCCAUACAGCUUCUCUCCUCGUUUCUGAUGAGUGCAAUGAGGGAAAGUCUCCAUUCACAAAGAAUGGCUGAGAUUGCACUGAGCUUAGCAAAAGCUGAGAAUCUUAUUUACAAGCAUGAAAAGGUGAAACUAAGAGAAAGCCCAAUCCUUCUUUCUGACAAAAAACUCUGCCAGGUGUGCCAGAAACCUUUCAGUGAACCUGCCUUUGUCCGUUAUCCCAAUGACACUGUGGUCCACAUGCACUGUGCUACAAAGAGACUUAUGAAUUCCAACACAAACCAUCAUUUAUCCAGCUCCAGUGGACGGACAUGAAAUGAAUUGGGUCAGUGGCUGUGCUAGUGUUGGAUACCUGGGAGUCACAAAAGAGAAUCUGCUGGAAAAAGAACAAAGCAAGAAGAAGAGGCUGGCUUGGCGUAGAUGGGAAGGAACAAGCUCAAUGUGAAACAUAGCCACUGGAAUUUUUAAAAAGUAACGGCACAAGAAAUUACAGGGCUUUAUGUAGAAUGGAUCCUUUCCUCACAGGAACGGUGAGUGGUUCAGCAUGGAAGAACUUAUUUUUUUUAAUUAAAAUUUGCACUGAACUUUGUUAUCAACUGGUCUUGAAAUGAGAGAGGACAGCAUCACGUUCUGUGCUCUCAAUACAGUUAAUAUUUGAAGCACUUUUGAGCCUUUGUUCUCCUCCUUUCUCUGCCUUGUAUGUUCACCUAUUACAUACUGAUGGAAGCACUGAGCUCUUAGUAAUUCCUGCAUUAGUUAUGAGCAAGGCAGGACAAUGCAAAGACCACUGACUCACUAUUUCCAACCUUAGGAAUAAGUCAAAAUGUGUGUGUCUCUCAUGUGGGAAGCAUAUAACCUUUGGGAUUGGGGGGAGGUCUGGUGGAACAGACUGUAGUAAUUGUAAUGACUUAUUUAUUACCAUGCAAUUGUUAUGUAAAUACUGUUGAAUGAAAAGGUUUUUUAUAUCUCAACAUUCUCUAGAACCAACAUAACUAAUCAGCGAUUCCUGGGUAGUGUUUUUUGUUUUGUUUAAAAGUCUGUACCUAUCAUUACAAAGAGCCAUUGUUAAGCUUGCCUGCAAGCAAAGAAACCAGUGCCUCUCCUUUGCAGGAAUGACAUGAAAACUUUUAUUCUAAGGGAUAAUAAAAUGGGAAAAAAAUCAAAUCAACAGGUGACUUCUAAAGGUGCUGAGUAUGCUUGGUAACAGUUAAUAAACUACUUCAUGGAUUCUGAAACAGUGUGCCAAACUCUUUGAAACUUGCCAGGUAUCUAUAAUGCCUUCUACAUUUUUAAUCUGCAGAGAUUAUAUGCCCAUCCAGUCAAAAUCAACUCUGAAUACAUAUGCAAGUAAGUUUAAAAGUACAAAAUCAAAAAUAUGAUGAUGUGAAGUUGCUUUUUCAUUUAUAUUUCCCCUUCUCUUUCUCUCUCAUACCCCAAACUCAUACCUGCUUCUCCAGUUCAGUGUUACUACUCAAGUUAAAGAGGGAGGCACUGUGUUCUUGGGUUAGUUUACAAAUUACAGCUUCAAUUUAUUUUAUUAAAAUUUGGAACAGGCUGUUCCUCAUAUUCUUGGGGACCCAUUUCAACUGAAAGCAAGGAUGUCUUUUAGCAGGUUUUGCUGACAAGAGUAGGGUAAAGUUACAGAAAGCUCAGCAAAUGGAAUUUCUUUUAGAAUUCCAUUUAUCUCUUUUAAGGUGGAGAGUUGUUCACACACUUCACAGUGUAGUAAGGAAAUCCGUUCUCUUAAUAGGGAAGAAAGGAAAAGAAUAUUCAGGUGGUUAAGAUAAGAUUUUUUUUUUCAAGUUCUGAACAUAACUUUUGUUUUAUUGCUUAAAUGUAUAGGUUUCUCCACUCAGCUUCAUAUUUUCUAUAUCACAUGGAAGUCUUAGAAUGAAUCUCUUCUGUUCAGCUUUUCAGCUUAAUAGAAUUAUUUAAAGAGAAGCACACAAUAGCAUCUCUGCUGUUCAUAGCUGUCUUAGGCACAUAACCAAAGAAACUGGCAAGUUAUUUUAUGAAACUGGGUAGAUGUUUAAAGCAGAACAGGAAACUGGCCCCUCAGCUACAUAUGGUCCUUUGCCAGUGCUAGACGUUUUAGGCCAUCUGCAUUUACGAUUGACUUCUUAAAAGGCCAUUGUAACAGAAACCAUAGAUGAUGCUCAGUGUGGAUGCUAGAAAUCAGAUACUUUGAUUUUCAUACUAAUUGAACAUUAGGGUUAUUAAAGUCUAGAAAAUGAGCACCGUACCACUAAAAGUUUGGAAGAAUAAACUUUGUAUUAUCUGCAUACUUAUGAAUGUAUAUUAGCAAGCAACUCACCAGCUAUAUCCUCAUACAGCUUCUAGGGCUAACAAUUACUAAUAACUACUAAAGGAUAAUAUUUAUAGUUAAGGGUUGACAUGAGGGGUUCUUGGUGCUCUCUGAGCUUGCUUGUUUUCUUGCAGAUAUUUUAUUAUCCAAAUCUGCAAGAAAACAAGCUCAGAGAGCACCAAGGAUUCUUCAAGUUACUAAUCACCUUGGUUUAAGGAAAGAUAUUAUUUAACAUAUAUACUUGUUCCUUCAAGUCCUUCUUGACUCCUGGUAACAACAUGCACAAGUCUGUGUAGUUUUCUAGACAACAAGUUUCCAUCUACUUCAAUUAAACUAAAUCCAAUUGGAUUGGGAGGUUUUGUGCAAUGAAAAUAUGUUGUGUAGGUUUGAUAUUCCAAAGGUGCUUUUUCAAAAGGCAAUUGGACUUUCUUUUUCCUUGAAGAUAUUUCUCUUCUCAUCCAAAAAGAUUCUUCAGUUCUGACUGAAUGGUAGAGAAUGGAAGGAUUUAUAUUCCUUGCAGUCAUCUGGUCUGAGAGUUGUUGAGGCCACGGAGGUUUAUCUGUGCCCUCAGUCUGUGGGGACCUGUGUUGCUGUUUUACAGCAUUCAUAUAUUUUUGCAGUAUGUGUCCUAAUGUGUGUUUUAUUUAAUUAAACCAGGAAGUUUUAAAUGUUUUGAUAAUGAGCAUUGCAGGGAUAUGAUUUUUUUCCCUUUCUUUUACAUACAUACAUACAUACAUACAUACAUACAUACAUAUAAAUAAAAUCUUCACAACAGUACUAUAACAUGAAUGUGUAUAAAAAUCUAUCCUUGUGAAGAUGCAGCUUCACAACAAAGCCUCAAUACUUGUGAUAUUUUUAACUUCACUGAGGUCUAAAUCUGUUCUUUUGUUUUUUAUUAUGCUUGAUAAGACCGCUGCACCAUUCCAUUCCCUCGGAUUUGUCUAUUGGAAUUAACAUUUGUACAUGUUAAUUUUUUCUUUUUUACAUUUGGCUGAGAAGUUAUCUUUGGAUUUGCUUACUUUUGGCUUAGCAUGUUGCAUUCUAAGUUCAGGCUUGGUAGGUUGCCCUAGCUAAGUUUGGGGGAGGGGGGAAAUCCCCCUUGUUUAUGUGUGAUGUAGACUGAGAUCAAAUGAAAGAAACAUAAGGAAGUGGUAUUUUAAGCAUCUUCCAAAACUAUGCAUAUGUGAAGUGUAUCAUUUGUUCAUUCAGUAAACACUAUUAGAAUGAGUUAGCGCACAGGGAUGAAAGAAUGUGCUCAAAAGAGAAAUCAUAAUUACUUCUUGGCUAUGAGGCUUGUAGGAAGCCAAAGGCAAAUCAUGUCUCCUUGGCAGAAUCAGAAAAGAAUGCAGGGGAAUUGCUAAUUUGUCAGCAAUUAAUUUCUUGAACUAGUAGUCCAUAUUAAAUAAAAGUUAAUUGUAGUAAACACUUUCUUCUAGUUUUAAAAAAGACCAGUUUCAGAAUUGGAGAGACCCUUGAUAUAAGUUUUUGUUUUAGUUUAGAAUCUGUUUCAGAUUAGACACCAUUGCUAAUUUUGGAGAGUUCAUUCCAUACCAGCUUGGCUGCAGCAGGAGAACAAUAAUAGCAAUUCAUGUUGCUGCCUCAUUUCUUAUGGCCAACAUGAUGGUUUCUAUUCUUCCAUUUCUCUGCUGGAGGGAAAAUUGCCUAUCUCAUGAUUUUGAAGUUUCCUGAAGCAAAGAUAAUAAUUCAGAUUCAAAUUCUUUUAUGGGAGAUUUAGGCAUGAAAAUAACUAGAAUCAGGCAAUGCCCAUCUAUCCCUAGCCUUCCUAUGAUAAGAUUGUGAGCAGUACAACUUUAAUUGCAAACCCUUCAAUGGCCUUCCCUCUCAUCCUGGGAAAUUGGGAGAAAGGAUGGGACUAAAGAAAGCAUUCCCAUUUCCCCUCCAAAAUAUCAUUUUUAAUGUGGAGAAACCCCAGUCUUUACAAUGGAGAAGUAUGUAGACAGGACUACAAUGCACAUGAAGCACUUCAAGAACUAUUGGUCAAGCAGGACAUAGGAUUUGGUCACCUGUCUUCUUUCCUAUUGUUAUCAUAACCUGUCCUAGAAAAGCAUUAUUCCAAUUAAGACCUCUUGAGAAGAUCCACUCCUGACGAGCCUAGCUGAGAAAUUUCCAAAUAACAGCUGUAUCCAUAAUGAAUCAGACAAGCAGCAAAAAGCUUUGCAAAGCAGAGAGAAGAGCCUAGAUAGAUAAGUGCUUAGCACUCUGUUCCAGUACCAGAGAGGCUUCCCAAGGAAGCCUCUGUGCUUGGCAGGUGAAGCCACAUUUAUGAGUUGGGCCUUCAGUCUGAUCAAUUGGCCAUCUGCUGACUCUUGCCAGGCUUUGGGGAAAUCAGCCAUGGCUAUGCAAAGGCAGCAGCUUCAGGAUGAGCUCCCCAAAGCCUUUCCCUUGCUUAGCCCCCCUCCUUCCCCCUUUAUUUCUUCAAUAAAGGAAAAAAAAACCAAAAAACCUGGGAGGGACAAGCUCAUUAAUCUUUCUCUACCCAACUAAACUAAACUAAACUAAACUAAACUAAACUAAACUAAACUAAACUAAACUAAACUAAACUAGGCCUCUGUCCUCCAAUCUCUAUCCCCUUUAAAAACCUUAUUUGCUAAAUUUGGAAAUAGAUUUCAGGUUUCCAAGCUUUUUGCUGCCUGACUGCCUUUAAGACCCAGCUUCUGCUGUAGCCAUUUGUUGCAUUUGUGUUUUAGAUAUUUUCAGGCAUGCUGCAAAAAAUAUUUUUUUUGCUUACUCUUUAGUCUGGAAUCAAGGUCAGUAACUUAGAAAUUUUUGUCACCCUUUUCCAGGCAUGCAGUGAAUUUAGCAAACAAGGUUUUUAAAAGGGAGUGCCAGCUUUCCCCCCUCCCCCUUUCCUGAGGAAAUGUGGGUUUCUGGGGGAGGGAGGGAGAUAAGCAAAGGGAAGGUUUUGGGAAGCUUGUCCUGAAGAUGUUACUUUAGUGUGCCUGGUCUGGUCUCCCAAAGUCUAGCAAAGCCAGGAGAGGUUUGUAUUCUCCUGAUGGCCUGCCAGUUAGGGCAGAAAGCUCUGAAAGCAGCUGCCAUUUCUGACUCAUAUUGUCGGAGAGUGCUGAAAACAUUGGCUCCCUCCAGGAGGCAGGGGAGCAGGCCUGUCAGAGUAGGAUGAGGGAAGAGGCAGAGAGGCCCUGCAGCAUCCCCAUGGUCAGUCCUAAGAGUGAAUGACCCGCAGGAGUGUUGCAGCUGUUUGUAACUUUGAAACAGG